ACAACUGGACCUCUUCUUUGCAUGAAAGCUUGUGAAUGCCUGGCUAAGAUCGUACUUGUAGAGAGCUUUUCGACUGAUGAUCAUUUUCUAGUUGAGUCUCUUGUUGCAUUGAUCUCAAGGAUGUUUCAUUGUUUUACGAUCAAAAUGCCCGCAGUAAAAGAUUGCCUAGAAUGUUUUUUUGGCAUGUUUCCAGUUGUUAGCAGGAAAAACCAGUUGCUUUUGGUAUCAACUUUUCACGAACUGAUGUCUCACAUUCGCAACGCCUCUGAUGAAGAUUUUGUUCUACGAAUUGACAUCGCAGGCGCGCUGAAUCUCAUUGUCAACUCAACCUCAAAGAUCUUGUUAAGAAAUGCUCCCGAUAAAAAGGAGGGCUCAGUACAACCACUUUUCAUGCGAGAAUUGUUGAAUUACGCUUACGAGCAUCCAGAAGACACUUGUGCUUUGUUGUAUUGGGAGACAGCGGCAGCAUUAGACUUGAACGAGUUUUCGUCUGAACAACUCCAAGAGACGCAAAAAAUGGUGGAGAAUAAUGUGGAUAUUGUGCUUGCCACAGCUGGAACAAAGAGCAAGAUAGCCGGCGAAAUUCAGAGAUUGCUGCGACAUGUUGAGCAUGCUUUGCUGACAUACUCAUCUCGAAAGGCUGAAGAGCUUGAAGGUGCAGAUCGCCUCACAGAGCUCCGUGAUAAAUUUGCACGAACACCAGGGCGAGGGAGGAGACGUACGCCAAAGUCGUCGAAUAGUACACCAAUAAGAUCGAGCAAGAUAUCCACCGCCAAAAGGAAAAAGAGUAGCACUACCAGGAAAACCACCCAACAACUGUUAGAUGGCCAGCAGACACCAUCUCCACCUUCCGUGACAGGUUCUCUUGUAACGCCGGUGGCACGAACGCGUCCAGUAUUAACACGAUCUGCGAAACAGGCUGCAGUCACUAAAACGAGAAGGUGGCUAUUUGAAAAGAACGACGAGGAUAGCUAG